GAGCGCCCGGGGCGGCUGCUGCGGCUGCUGCUCUUCUGCCUCAGCCUCUCGGCCGGGAGCGCCGCAGAUCCAACUAUGACAACACAAGAUACCAGUCAGUCUCAGGCAAACUCCUGGACAAAGAUGCAACUUGGAACUAAUGAAUCAUCUCCUGAACCCAUGACAGCUACACCAUCUGUCAGCUGGCAAACUCAGGGGAGCCCUUCAACUCAUUUGACACUUGGACAUACUGUAUCUACACCUGGUCCAGAUUUUACCACGCAAGAUUUCAAGCAGACAACCGAAGAGAACAUGUCUAAUCUUACUUUUGUGGAGUAUGAGAUACUCCUACCCGGUGUUGAAGGUAAUUUCAUGGAAAAAAAUAUCACUUUGGAUAGUGCAACUAGAAUUGAACUUUCCUGCAGGUUGGACAAGAAAUAUUCUCAUUUGAAAAGUCUGCAAGUGACUUGGAAGAGGGGAAAUGAAAGAAUCAGACACAUCAAUAAAACUCAAAACAGCUGGAGCAUCCAGUUGAAGAUCUCGGAUAACAGUAAGCUGGGGAAUUACAGUUGCACACUGAAAGGCAAAGAAGAAAUUGGUGCUAUGUUUCGUUUACAAGUACCAAAAAUUGACGGAAAAGAAAAACCCCUAAUCAGUUAUGAAGGAGAUACAGCUGUCCUGAUCUGUACAAGUGGCUAUACUCCUGUAUCUUGGACUUGGUAUAUGAACAAUGGAAGUGAGCAGAUUGCCAUUAAGGACUCCUUGCUGGCUGACAAGUAUGUAAUUAGUAGAAUAUCUGCUAAUGUAACACAUCUGAAGAUACUGAAGGUCACCGAGGAAGAUGAUGGUGUAUAUUGGUGUGAAGCUGCAUUUGAACUAGGAAAAAGUAAAGGAAAGCUGAAGCUUAAAGUUCUGUCCUACAUGGUGCCUCUCAAACCCUUUCUUGCAAUUAUGGCUGAAGUUGUUAUUUUACUAACCAUAGUUUUCCUCUAUGAGAUGUAUUCGAAAAAGAAAGAGAAACGUGCAGAAGAUGAAAAAGAAUUUGAUCAAAUUGAGCAACUUAAAUCAGAAGAAAGCAAUGGUCUGGAAAACAGUGGCACUAGGCACAGAAGAAUUUAAUCUUUUUCCUACAAAAGGAGCUUUAAGACAACCAAAGAGCGAAAUGAUUACAAAGCUACAGAAGAUGGAUGCGGCUAUGUGUUUUAGAUAUCCACUGUGCUUCUAAGUAAACUCCUCUACAUUUUUGAGAAAUAAGAUGCUUUCAAAAUAGUUGUGAAACUACUCAUCUUGUAUAGAUGAUAAUGUAUUCUGAUGUACUGCAUUUAGACCUCUGUCUGUAGCAUCUUUUGUCAUUGUAUUACUAAAAGGCAUUUUUUAUAUAAUUGACUUCCUGUUGGUUUUUGCCUGAUCCAUUUGAUUUUGUCUUAAACUGGAACUAACUGUGCAUUCACUGAAUGAGCAGGUAGUACAGACUGCGCCUAUUAUCUAAAUAUUAUAUAGCUGGACUUGCCAAAUCCAAAACAUAUCUGCACCAAAGAAAAUGCCUUUUACUAGUAGGUGAAACAAAUGUAACACAGCCAUUUUUACUGAAAUAAUGGUCAAAGGGAAAUCUUUAUCUGUAUUUAAAUGAAACAUUCACAGUUUUGUAGUUUGCUCUGAACAGUGUAAUGUCUUCAUUCUAAGUUUUUUUUAGCUUAAUUUAAAUGAGAAAUACAGGUUCUUUGUGAAUACUUAGGAUACAAAUUUUCUUAUGAUGUCCUGCCAUUUGUCUGUGCUACUAUACUGUAAUUCUACAUAGGCUAAACACUUAAAUCACUGUAGGUCAGAUAUUUCAGCAGUAUUACAGGGUAGAUGGAAGAAGCAAAGGGGAUACAGUACCAUAUCAGAAUAUAACAAUUCAUUCAAUUUCCACAAACUUCUGCAGAAUCUGAGGGCUGAAAGACCAGUUUUGUGAUUUUAAUUUAUGCAGAACACAAAUAUCAUAAAUAUACCUAUACCUUUAUGGUUCUUCUCACAUAUCCUGUUUUCUUGGUACUCUUCCUUGCUGCAGCAUACUAUAUUGUUCCUUAAACUCCUCCCAGAGCAGAUCUUGUGCAGCCACAGUUUUUAGUGUAAUAGCAUAAAGCAGCAUGAAUAUCACUAAUUCUCUUAGAGGUAAAAUUGUGACACUGCUGCUAAGGCUUAUGGUAUUGCUUUAGAAGAGCUUGUUGCCAAAAUUUUAAAUAUGCCAUUUAGUUACAUUAUCCAUUCAGGAAUUGAGAAAUGUGAAGCUAAUAGAAAAACAGUUGAUUGAAUUAGUUGCCUUUGUUUGCCAAUCUAAGGAAAAAAACAACUUCCAUAUUAAGAAAGGGAAAAGAGAAGUCUUCAAAAGGAUUUCUUCUCUCAAAAAUUUAAGGAGAAAACAGGCAACAUUUGCAAAUUCCCUAUGGAGGCAAAAGGAGUAAAACAUCUGAUUUUUUUCAAACCAGUAAUUUCUGUUAGGGCAUAGAUAAGGAACAGAGAAAAGUAAAAGAUAAAAUAGAUUUAAUUCCCUUUUUACUAUUUUACUGUACUUAUGGGUUUGAAAAUACCAGCCUAGCAACUGUUUUGUUGGAGAUGGGGACAAAAUCCAGUCUGAUCUAUGCUUUUUUGGUUUUGAUAAUAUAUUUUGCAGCUUUGACAAUUACAAGUAAAAGUUCAAAUAAAAAAAUGCCUAGUAUGUAAGCAUUAAGUGAUUGACUGUAAGGGCUGAACACUGAUAAAGAUUUCCCUUGCUGAGAUAGUGUUAAUUGUAUUUUACCUUGGAGUUUCUAUGCACUGUAAAAAUCAGAAUUCUUUUACAGGUUUUUAUGACUUUAUCAUUGCUUUAACAGCAUUUUUGUUACCACAAGUAAAUGCUUGCUGUUUAAAAAGAUUUACUUCUAUAUAUUAAUCUUCAAAACAAUUUUGUAGAAAAAUAUUUUUUGUAGAAAACUAGUAAUAAAAAAUUAAGCUUACUUACAGUCUUAAGAAUUAAAUGCUGAAUUUAAUAUCCUCUGUGACAAAAAGGAGGCUAGCUUCUACCUGAAAGAAGCACACCUUUUAAUCAAAAAUGUUAAGUCUGUGUUCACUGAACAUACCUACCUGUUCUUGAAAUUGUGGUGUGAAGUCUUGGCCAGCAUGGAUAAGUUAAUGAAUGGAUACUUUUUUGGUGUUCGCAUACAAGGGCUGCAUUGCAGGCAAGAACUGGAGAACCUGGAUUAAGCAUGGAUUUUAGAUUGUGAUGUAUUCCUCCUGUCAGGACUGUACUUGAGUUUGGUAAAACUGGCUGCUGUAUCUGUAGUUUUGUCUUGACUGGAAUUCCUCUAGUAUGUUCUGCUUGACAAUUCUUCAAGGUGUUUGGUUUUUAUUCUAGGUUGGCAAGUACUUUCUUAUUUUGGUAAGUGGUUUUAUUCCUUAAAUGUAUGCCUAGGUUUCAUUCUUCUGGGUUCCCAUGCAGGUGCAACUAUUACAAUACUAUAAAGAUAAAUAAUUUGCAUCAUUAACAGUCAUAACUUCAAAGGUGUAAACAUUUUACAGAAAGCUCUGGAAAUCUAGAAAUGCUUAUUUGGAGAAAUACACGUCAUAUGUUACAAAGCAACUGCAGUAGGAAUGUUUUUAUAUCUGUUUUAUUAUGCAAACAUAGCCAUGUUAUAUAGAAUAAAAAUUUUGCAACCUUAAAACUCCAAAACUCUAGGCAAUUAUUUUUACCUCAUUUAAGCCAAGAGAUACCCAGUGAGAGCCAAAAUGAUCCUUAAGAUGUUUCCUUCAAACAGCAGUUACAGUUAAG